AUGAAAUGGAAGACAAAAGUUUAUUUGAUUAUGCUAGCAAAUGAUCCACCACAUGAUUAUGGGCCAUUAAGUCAAGCUCUGAGACUAGUUCCCCUUUCUGUAAGGCGUGAUAAUUUUGAUAUCACUUUUAUUCAGCGUCUGAUCGAAGGUCAAGUUGAUGCCCCAAGACUACUUGGAGAACUUAGCUUUCGUAUUCCUAGUAACACUAGGCUUCAAUGUAAUUUUUAUAUACCCACCAAUAAAUCAAACUUCUCCAGGAAUGCCCCACUUAUACGAAUGAUGCAUAAUGCAAAUAAUCAUAUAGACUAUUAA